AUGGGUAUCAAUCAUACUGGACACUCGGGUAAGGUUACUGCGGUGACUUCGUUGCAUGAAAAAGGCUUUGGUGAGCAACUAAUCAAAGAACGCACUGGUCACAGAUCGGAUGAUGGGUUGAGAACAUAUAAACAAACAAGUAACUCUCUUCAGAAAAUUGUAUCUGAUGCUCUCCAACCUCCACUACCGAAAGCAAGUACUUUAGCCAUCGUAAUUGACGAUCCUGGUUCCGUACACAAGCCUAAGGUUGAAAGAUAUGAACAGCCACUGCCUGAACCAUUACGAAAUACUGGACAACCUAGAGGAGCUGCUUGGGAUAAAGUUAAAGAACGUCUUCUUUUACAGGAUUCUUCAAUUGUGAAGUUUGCUAAGAAAAUACCUGGCUUCCAUGAUUUAAAUUUGGAUGAUCAAAUACAGUUAAUUAAACACAGUGCCAUGGCAGGACAAAUACCAUAUCUAGCCAAUCAUGAUGAAGCAUGGAAGUGGUUUAAAGAAAUCAUUCUGGAUAUGGAAGGCUUACAACCACUGGUCCUUCAAUGUAAAAGUCAGAUUGUGAGUGCAGUUGAAGCGUUUAGAAGGUUCUAUGCCACACCUGGAGAAUUAGCUUUGUUUUCAGCUGUUGUAAUACUUAACCAAGAUGUACCUCAGUUAACAAACAGGAAAGCAGUGGAGAAAUUGAAUAAUAUCGCACAACGUGCUUUGAAACAAGAAGUACUUGAAUUCCGUGAAAAUCUACAAUUAUAUGAAGACAUGUCAGUGUUUUUACCACAUCUUGUGAAUAUGAAUGCUGCCCUGAAGUCUGGCUUUAGGACUGGACAGCCAU